CUUCCUCAUUUGCUGCGACGACGAGACAGGAGCUGGACGUUGAAGAGAAUUUUUGUCUUCUGAGCCGAGAGAGAAUGCUGCGCAGGUGCGCCAAUAGGACAAGUAUCGCCGCAUCAUUGGCUACCUCCGUCGUCGUCGUCGUCGCCUUCUUCUUCGCAGUCGCCGACUCCUCUAACAAUUCCCAGAUCAAAUGCAGCAAAGCUUGCGUUGCGGAGAACUGUAAUUCUGUGGGGAUUCGAUACGGAAAAUUCUGUGGAGUAGGUUGGACUGGUUGUCCGGGAGAAAAGCCCUGUGAUGAUCUUGAUGCUUGUUGCAAGAUUCAUGAUGAAUGUGUUGAAAAGAAAGGGUUGAUAAGUAUAAAAUGCCAUGAGAAGUUCAAGACCUGCAUAAAGAGAGUACAAAAAUCAGGAAAGGUUGGAUUUUCUCGGGAAUGUCCUUUUGAAACAGCUGUGCCCACAAUGGUACAGGGUAUGGACAUGGCCAUCUUGCUGAGCCAGUUGGGCAGCUCAAAGCUUGAACUCUGACUUGCAAAAGUAAAAGAUCGCUAGAGGAGAUGGUAAGUGCUCUUGAGGUGAUAGAUGAUGACAAACAUUGAUCAACCAUGUUUAAACUCUUAUCAUUUUAUUGAAAAAUGGAGUGAUUGCUUAAGGAGUGUAAAACAGAGUACUUGAAUCAUUUGGAUCUUUCUGAUUGAUCAAACUUAAGGGUAAUAGUUUCUGCUAUACCCAAUUCUUUUUUA